AUGGGCUCCUUCAAUCCUUUCCCUCAGUCGCCCCCCGUGUCGCCGCCCAAUGGAUUCCAGGGUGUCGAGGGCUUUUCGACUCCGCUGUUCCCGACCAGGCCGAGCAUUCUCUUCAUCAUGGCCGACCAGCUUGCUGCCCCUCUAUUGAAGAUGCACAACCCCAAGUCGCAGAUCAAGACCCCCAAUCUCGACAAGUUGGCGGAACGCUCUGUCGUGUUUGAUUCUGCCUAUUGCAAUUCUCCACUUUGUGCCCCGUCUCGAAUGUGUUUGAUCAGUGGUCAGCUGCCGUCAAAAAUCGCGUCGUACGACAACGCUUGCUCCAUCCCGUCCGAGACACCGACAUACGCCCAUUACCUGCGAGCUGCCGGCUACGAGACCACUUUGGCUGGCAAGAUGCAUUUCAUUGGGGAUCAGCUCCACGGUUACGAGAACCGAUUGACCUCGGACAUUUACCCCGGUGACUUUGGCUGGGCUGUGAACUGGGACGACCCAGGCCGGAGGCUCGAGUGGUACCACAACAGCAGCUCCAUCUUGCAAGCCGGACCGUGUGUAAGGACUAAUCAGCUUGACUACGACGAGGAGGUCUUGUACAGGUCGAAGCAAUAUCUCUACGACCAUGCAAGGGCACCCGCUGGGAAACGGCCAUUCGCGCUCACUGUCUCUUUCACCCAUCCUCAUGAUCCGUACGCCAUUGAGGAAAAGUAUUGGGACAUGUAUGAGGGUGUUGAUAUCGACCUGCCGAAUGUGAGCAUCAGAGAAGAAGACCAAGACCCUCACAGCAGACGCCUGAUGCAUGUUUGCGAGAUCGAGGGCCACAAUUUCACCAACGAGCAGAUCAAACGCGCUCGCCGAGCGUAUUACGGCGCGGUGAGCUACGUCGAUGACUGCAUUGGCCAGUUACUUGAUGUCCUGAAGAAGUGUGGCAUGGAGGACAAUACCAUUGUCAUGUUUUCCGGCGACCACGGAGAUAUGUUGGGCGAGCGAAAUCUCUGGUACAAGAUGUCGUACUUCGAAAACUCCGUCCGCGUGCCCAUGCUCAUCAGCCACCCGAAACAAUUCCAUCCUCACCGUGUCUCUCAGAAUGUCUCGACUCUGGAUCUCAUGCCGACCCUCGUGGACUUGAUUGGAUCAAAGUUAGCACCUGGAUUGCCGAUGGACGGUCUGUCCUUGUUACCUCACCUCUAUGGCGGUGACGGUGGCCAUGAUACCGUCUUUGCUGAGUAUAUGGGAGAGGGAACCGUAGCUCCCCUCAUGAUGAUCCGCAGAGGCGACUGGAAAUACAUCACAUGUCCAGCUGAUCCCCCCCAGUUGUUCAACUUGCGAAAUGAUCCGCUUGAGCUUACCAACCUUGCCAUCCGCCAAGAUCCAGAAACGCUGGCCGUCCUCAAGGCUUUCGAGAAAGAAGCAAAUGAAAAGUGGGACUUCAAGAAGAUCACCGACGAUGUCUUGAGGUGUCAGCGCCAACGUCGACUUGUAUGGUCUGCCUUAACCCAAGGGCGCUUUGAAAGCUGGGACUGGAACCCCAUCGACGACGGUCGCGUCAAGUACAUUCGUUCUCAAACUCCCCUGGACGAACUCGAACGGCGAGCGCGAUAUCCCAUGCACACAAACGUGCCUGCCCAAAUCGCUGUCAACAAGAAGGCCGAGGUGGCUUGCCUUCAGCCGAAAAGACUAACCGAAAUUGCGGGCGAAGUUGCCCACAAUCGCUGA